AUGGCACCAUCACCACCAGAAUAUGGCAUUGCCCUCGAAGGCAGUGACUACAUUGCGCACAUGUACCACAUUGCGUCCGAGACGUCGUCAGUGGACGACGACACAUGGGUGCUGGCUGGUGACACGGCGAUUCUCGCCUUGACGAUCAUCGGCUCGCUGUUCAUCAUGGGCAUGAUCCAGUACAACGACUGGAGGGGCAAGUCGGCCACCACGCGUAUGCGGCUCGUCCAGUCACUCGUUCUCAGCGACCUCAUCAUGGGGAUCGUUGGUAUCAUCGGGUGCGCAUUGACGUUGGAUGGCAAGCCACUGGUCCUGGACACGCCAGAAUGUGACGGGCUUGGAGUGUCGAUGGUGGCCGUCAUCUUUUCGCAACACCUGUGGACGCUGGCUCUGGCUGGCAGCACGUUCAUGAUCCUCGUUCACCCAUUGCACAGUCUUACCUCCUGGAUCGAAAAGUACUGGUACUGGUCGUGGCUUGCCGUGUGGCUCAUCUCCUUUGCCGUCUCCGUCGCGGGCUACAUCCUGUACGGAUACGGACCUUCGGGUGGCAUCUGCUACUACAUGAACGACGCUGGUCUCUUCGCCGAGCUUAUCCAAUUCCUCCCACGCGCUAUCGUCUUCCUCGUCAUUGCCAUCCUGUACGGCAAGCUGUACGUCUUCCUCCGCCGCCCAGACAAGAUCCGCACUGGUUACACCGACACCCCCGUCGGCUCAUCCUCCUACUCCAAGCUCAAGAGCUCUUGGUUUGGCAGCUCACGCCGAUCGCGUCGUAGGGCGGAAGGCGGCGGCGGCUUGUUUGGCCACGGUGGCCACAACACUGUGAUUAUCGACAAGAACGGUCACCGGAUUGGCAAAGACAGUGCACUCAUGUCUUCUGGUGGCAACUCGUCGUCAGAAGAGGAGGCACCAGAGGUUCCACAGACACGCGUGAUUGAGGUGCCGACGCCACGGCGACCAGCUGCCACUCACCAAAAGUCACAUCGUACGGUCAAACGCCAUAUUCCCAGCGAUGCCCCACCGUGGGAACAUGUCGAGCUUCCCGUGUUCCAGGUAGACGGACAACGAUACGGGGGUCAAGAGGCGGACCCAAUUCACCAGCGUGACAGCAUGUGGCGCGACUGGAGUGGCUUUGGCAGGCAGCACAAGCAUGCGUCCACCACGUCAAUGCAUUCAAGCCAGGUAACGCGCGUUCCAGGUACCGAUACCUCCCCCUUUGCUUCCCCCGUCAAGGCGAGCUUUGACAAGGGACUCACAUCGCCCACCGCAACGCUCUUCGAAGACAAGGUGUCACCGACCCGCAGCACAUUUGACCACCAGUCAUUGUCGCCCACCACCACCUAUUUCCCCUCUCCCUCCAACUCACCGCCUCGGGCCAUGAAGAAUCACAGCGAAGUGCCAGGCACCCAUGGCCCAAAGAGCUCCCCCAAUGAGGAUGGCAGUUCGUUUUCGUCUGACGACGUCGCCGAGGUGACCAAGCCACCCCCUGCAGUUACUCGUAAUCCCGUUCCCGUCAUUGGGCUUUACGAGGACUUCAGUAUGGAGCAACGGAGAGGCUCCAUCCCAGAUGGCACCAUCCCCUUCCGCCGCGCUUCCAAGAUUGCCAUGCCGUCUAACAUGGUCCUUCCAACUACUACAACUGGGACAGCGUCAUUCCUAUCCAACCCCGGUGGCUCGAUUGCCGGUAACAUUGCCGAACUGCCUCGGGUUGAGACGCCGGCCAUGUAUCUGGCGCGAGAUGUCGAGAAGGGUCUCGAUGGCGAUGAUGAUGAUGACGACGAGGACACCUGGGACCUCGCCCGUAUGCUCAAGGAGGAGCCACCCAGUACCGCCAACGACCCCUUCCAAGUUCAGCAGACCCAGGCUAGCGAGGGUGACGAGUAUGUCGCCGAGUCGAUGGCCUCGUACCUCAACCGUAAGGCGUCUCUCCUCAUGCUCUGGUUUCCUCUGGGCUAUGUCUUGUUAUUCUCGGUGUCGACCAUUCGAAUCAUUUACGACUUUGUGGGCUCUCCCCCACCCGAGCUGCGCGCCAUUUCGCGCUGGACAAUGUUUGGCCAGGGUAUCCUCGACGGCGUCAUCUACGGCGUCAUCGAGUACCACACCAAGCGUGUCGUGCGCCGGAGGGUGCGCAAGGGCACCUUUUCGCCACGCACGUCGCGCGGAUCGCAGGGUGCCACUGGUGGUGGUUCUGCGCUCGGCAACGCUGUCCGUGGCGGGAUCAGCGGCUUGAGUGGCCGUUCGCGUCCCACCAGCCCCAUGAGCGCCAACAAGCAAACCGCGUCGCGUCGCGAGGGUGCGUCCCCGACGGUCAGCUUUGCCGACCCGGAGACCUCAAUCAUGCAGCGGCUGGACACCAAGCAGAUGGAAGCCGCGUUGAGGCUGCGAGGGAGUGACAGUGGCAGCAGUGAUAGCGCGGAGACAAAAGAACUCAAGGACGCUGUGUGA